ACAGCAGACAACUGUUUAGUGGAAUUUGGGCCGGAGACAGGAGUACAGGAAGCCGAACCUGAAACUUUUAAACAACAAAUCUGCUCAAUAAAACUAUUGUGAAUGAUCUCAUUAAACUGUUAAACCAAAUUUACCUGCAGACAUUGUAGUGCGGGAACCUAGAACUAUGAAGAACUCUUUCAUCUUUUUUCUCAUUUUAGCCGUAGAGGUGUUUUGUAGUCGCGACUUCUAUGGUAUCCUUGGAGUUGGGCGCAAAGCGUCAACAAAUGAAAUCAAGAAAGCGUACAGAAGAAUGGCAAAGGAAAUGCAUCCAGAUAAAAAUAGAGAUGACCCGAACGCAAAUGAAAAGUUCCAAGACCUCUCGGCCGCAUAUGAAACUCUCUCAGACCCUGACCGCCGUAAAAUUUAUGACCGAGGUGGCGAAGAAGCGUUGGCAAAGGAUGACCGUAAUGGUGGUGGCGGUGAUCCCUUCUCCAGCUUCUUUGGCGGCGGUGGAAGUCCGUUCGGCGAUUUUUUCGGAUUCGACGGCGGUAACGGCGGAGAGAGAGAAAUCCCCAAAGGAGCAAAUAUUGUCAUAGAUCUCUGGGUUUCACUGGAGGAACUUUAUUUAGGAAAUUUUGUCGAGUUGACGCACAACAAACCUGUUGCUAAGCCUGCAAAGGGUACCCGGAAGUGUAACUGCAGACAGGAAAUGGUGACAAGAUCUCUUGGUCCUGGCAGGUUCCAGAUGACCCAACAGCAAGUUUGCGACGAUUGUCCUAAUAUCAAAUUCGUGAACGAAGAGCAUCACCUGGAGGUGGAGGUGGAGCCGGGUAUGAUGGACGGGAUGCAGCAUAAAUUCGUCUCCGAGGGGGAACCUCAUAUGGACGGAGAACCCGGAGAUUUAAUCCUGGAGAUCCGAACCUAUCCGCAUAAAAAGUUUGAGAGAAGGGGAGACGAUCUCUACACCAACGUAACUAUCAGUCUGGUGGACGCCCUGCGAGGUUUCGAGAUGGACAUCGAGCAUCUGGACGGGCACAAGGUCCACGUGAGCAGGGAGAAGGUCACGUGGCCCGGAGCUAGAAUUAGGAAGAAGGGAGAAGGAAUGCCGAACUAUGAGAAUAAUAAUCUGUUUGGAACUCUGUACAUCACCUUCGAUAUAGAGUUUCCUAAGGGUGAACUAGAUUCUGCAGAUAAGGAGAGGAUUGCUGAGAUAUUAAAGCAGGGAACCAUUAAUAGUGUUUAUAAUGGGAUAGGAGGAACCAAGAGCUGAGGACACUACUAUGUGAUAUUGUUCCUUCACACCUUUAGAUCAAGUUGGUCCCGAGCCUUGACAGAACAUUUUGAAGAUUCAGGCUCCUGGCUCAGUCAUGGUGAAUUCUCAUCAUACCUUGUGAUAAUAUGUAUAAACACUGUUUAGUUGUUAUAAAUCUUUUUACUGUAA